UCUCGAAAUGUUUUCAGAGAUUAGCUGCAUUUCGUAAGGAGAAAAAUACGUUCGUAAUUGCAAUACAGAAUAGAAUUAUAGUAAAAAAUUUUGGAAUAUCUUUGAAUAUUUUCCAUUUGUGUUUUUUCCACCGAAAUCAGAAAUUUAUGCAAAAUUUUCCAGUUUUAUCCGUCAAACUAAAGAUUUUCUUUGUUUUUCCGAACUUCCCUCUUGGUUUUAAUUCUUGUUUGCUGUCUACGUGCUGGCCAGGGAGUUGGGCAAAGUGUCAACAAUCGAAAAUUGUAUGAUAUAAUAUACUGUUAAAAUUGUUGCAAAAUCAUUGCCGCAUUUACGCACGAGGAGCGGAAUUUAUAUCCAAAAUAACUGCCAAGAGCAGAAAAUAUUAAGCACAGAAAUAAACAGAAUGGCCACUCCUCAAUCUCCCACACGUAUGUUCAAUGGUCUGGACGAAGACAUUUAUAACGAGGCCAAAUUCGCACACGAAAUAAAUGACAAAAUGCGUGUACCAAAGCGCAUCAAAGCUACUGGCGAGUUCUCAGACGAAGAUCUGCUUUUGUCCAAUCAAAAUGGUUUAAUUAAUUCAUGGAACUACCAUGAUAAAAUCGACAUGAACGUACCAGAUCGUAUAGUGGUAUUGGGUCACAAUCAACAUUUGGAAACACGUUCCGCACCUCGUGAAAUACAGCUGGAAAAUUCUAUACUACCUAAAAAUCCAACGGCGAGCAUGGUGCGCGUCCAAACACCACCACGAGUAAUAACACUUAAUGAGCAUCAUUUCCCUUCCGCUUCGGAAGAGAGCUCACCACAUCGAUAUGAUGACGGCGGUGACUUUGAAGAUGGUGAUUAUGAUGAUGACGAUGAGUCGCGUCCGCCACCAUAUGUACGUGCUAACGGUAUAGGCCAUGCACAAGUUGGUUUCCAUCCGGUUGACUCGAAUUCCGUUGAAUCGGAUUCUCAAUUGACUACGGGUGAAGCUAGUAAACGUUCACAGCAGCUCGCUUACAACAACAAUGAUGUAUCCAUUGUCAGCCAUCGCGAAGGUACGCCAAUGGGUGAACUUACACCACAUGAAGAGAUACUUUACUUGCGACGGCAAUUGGCCAAACUUAAUCGUCGCGUACUGAAUAUAGAAAUCAAUAAUGAGCAACGUUUACAACGUGAGAAAAUCGUAUAUUGCUUGGGUUUAGCAUAUUUCGUAUUAAAGGCUGUAUUUUGGCUAAACCGUAAUUGAAUUUUAUAUUAAGUACUUAUACAGACAGACAUGCAUAUAACCGCAGACAUAUUAGUAAGCGCAACAGCGACGCAUUUUCGAUUGUUCUAAAUUUAUUGGUGUUUCGAACAAGAGUAUAUCUUUUAGAAAAGUGAUAUUGAGUGGGUUGAUAAUAUAAAUAUUCCUCAAUAUUAAUAUUUAUAUAGAAACACCAUUUUUUUUGCUUUGUUGUUGUGAUGCAGUCAAGAUUGUUUAUUUGAAUAUGAACUGAUGAAAUCUAUUAAAACUUGGUUAUACCGAUGUUAUUAUUGUCAUUAUGUGCAUAUAACAAAACAACAGUGUAGAUUUGUAUACGUUUAUUUUACCUUCAAAUAAAAUUUUGUUUGGUAUUCCCAUAUGAAAUACUUUUUCUAAGUUAUAUGCUCAUAUCCAGACUUUUUAAUAGCCCUGAAAUUUUAAAUAGGAAUAAGUAGUAAACAAACAUAUUUUAUGUGAUUUAUUUCUGACAUACAUAUGUACGUACAUGUUAUACUUGGAUUUUCAAAUUUUCAAAUAAUACACCAAUAUUUGCACAUUAGUAUGUACAUUUAAUAUAUACUCUGGUUAAUUUUUUUUUAUUAUUUAUACAUAUUUUAAUUUUAUUUAUAAAAUUGCAUUACAUUGAUUUCUAUACUAAUGCCAUAUUACUGUUAAAUAUGUUAAACAUUAAAGAAGAAAUGAAGUUAGUUAGAAAAAAUACGCAUAACGUUGUCUCUGUUGAAAAUGUUUAUUUGAAGGUAUACGGUUAUCGUAAGAAAAUGUUGAGAUUCGUCUACCCCCCGAAAAAUCAUACUAACCCUAUUUGGUUAUAUUUAUAUAAAAUAAUUUUCGAAUUGUCUUUUUUCUACAAUUUCAUGGAAUUUGCCUUACCUUCAGCUUUAGAUUAAAUUUAGUGCAUAGCUUUUUAUUUGACUGAAGUUGUGUUCGAUAACGAAAACUAAAGAAUUAUCAUUUAGUAAUGUCUAAAACGCAAGUAGAGUUCUUAAAAAAAAAUAAAUAAAAAAUAAAAGAAAAAUCAAGCCC